GCAAGGUGCAGCAAUGAAACACGUCACAGGCAUCGCCAUCCAACUUGCAGAAGGAAUGAAGUACAUACACAGGAAGGGCUAUCUACAUAGAGACCUUAAAAUGGAAAACAUUUUGGUGUCGGAAGGUGAUAUCGUGAAGUUAGGUGAUGUUGGUCUUUCGAAAGUGGAAGACGAAGUAACAGGGACGCAAUGUGGGACACUAUUGUACGCCGCCCCCGAGGUGUACUCUGGCAGUCGUCGCAAGUACACCAGGAAGGCUGACAUUUUCAGCUUCGGGCUGAUGCUGUGGGAGUUGUGGUAUGGUGACGUCAUCUUCAAAGGGGCACCGCAGCCACUGGAGUUCAUCAAGGAGGUAGCAGCUGGUACGAGACCGUCGUUUCCCACAGGUGCUGUACCCAUCUACUUUUGGCGGGAACUCAUGCAGCAGUGUUGGGACGGUGAGCCUGAGAAACGCCCCCCAGCGGAGCGAUGUCUGAAUGUCCUUCUGUGUAACGAUGCCUAUUCCUCCAACUUGCACUUCAAAAUUGACAAACAAUCUACACUUUAACAGUUAAGGUCAGGAACAGAGACGAGGGGGUAUACAA